AAGCUGAUCAUUGAAGAUGAAGGUAUAAAAAUGCUGGACUUACUGGUUGCCGCGAAUAUGGGUGUCUGGUGGAGAGCCUAUAAUACAGUCUCCGGUGACAACGCUUCCUUUGGACUUUGACAGUGAAUCCAAAUUGCAAAUCAUCAAUGUGUGCCAUCCCGGAGGAUCGGGAGAACCGUAUCCGCAUGUUGUUGUGGGAGAAUUGGUGCAUGCGAUGUGAGUUUUGUUGAUGUGUUGAAAGCGACCACUCUUUAUCCGCACAACCGCAACAUACUCGAAUUCACUAAAUUCCCGAUCAUUGUCACAAUCAGCCACUAUGACUACUCCUACUCAGAGUACAGGUGCUCACCGAUUAAAUCUCGACAAGGAGGAUGGCGCUCUCGAAGUCCUGAUGACCCCUGACUUCACUGGCACUAAGGCUCUCCGGGAAGUCAAACUCAUCCUAGACGCGAACCAAUUCAGCAAUUUUCAAGACGAUAUGUAUGCAACUCUCUUCGAGCAGUGUGUCGGACAUACAUGGAGGAAGAUUCACUUGAAAGUCGAAUCAGGCGUCCUUUUCACUCGUCGGAGCUUCAUCGCUGUUGGACCACCUGUCAAUGGCGACCAUUUCCUUGUGGGGGACCCAGGCAAAUGUGCGCUCCAGGAUUUGGACACAGACGAGAGCUCAGAGGAAGAAGACGAGCUGUCUCAAAUCCAUGACUUUCUCUGGAGCUACAUCACAGAUGCAGACCAUAGCAAAAAGUUCUGCGGCCAAUUUCUACUUCAACCCAAACCCAAGGCAUGCAUCGAGAGUCUUCUUCAGCUUGGAGAACGGCACAAAAUACGAACCCUGAUCUUAGAAGGGCCCAUUGAUGAACAAUUGAAGGAGGACCUGGUCCAGGCAUUGUGCACGGAUAACUCCACGGUUAUCGACAACGGCGUCAUACGUCGAGCUCAAGAUCCAAAUUCUCGCCUGAAAGAAAAAUCCCGCUAUGCAACUUUCUUCAAAGACAUGGUGGUUAUCAACAAUCACCUUGGACGACAACUCGAGCGGGAACGCCUCGACGCACCGGAUAGAACGAGGCAGAAAAGCCCUGGGAGCAAGGCCACGAUCGGCUUGAAGAUGACUCGGGGGGGUGAACCUUUCCUGCCGAUAACUGAAAGAAGCAUGGAGAUCGAGUUCGGUUGGCUAGCUUGCCAGGUGGCUCGGAAACAGACUGGACUUCGUCGAAGCGGAAGGAUUGCGAAGAAGAGCUAAAUCGAUCCUAGUGGAUGGCUUCGAGAUAUGGAGGUUUCACAGAAUUGGGCAGACUUGAGCAGACUUCGGCAGAAUAUACUAGCUUGUAUAAUCAGCUAGAGAGGUGUACAGGGUCAGAAGAAAAGGCACAUUGAAGAUACAGGGUUUGAGUAAUUGCCACUCUCCUAUAGAAGGAAUUAUCUUUUACCGCAUAGAAGGUGUGUAAAUACCUAGCAACCAAGUCCCCUCAUCAUUCAUAUCGCUUCUCCACAAUGUGAUGU